AUGCUCACUUUUCACAAUGUUUGCUGGGCACCCAGCUCCUUCCAGCUCACUGGCAUCCCAGGGCUGGAGUCCUUGCACAUCUGGCUUUUCAUCCCCUUUGGCUCCAUGUACCUGAUGGCUGUGGUGGGGAAUGUGACCAUCCUGGCCGUGGUAAGAGUGGAACGCAGCCUGCACCAGCCCAUGUACUUCUUCCUGUGUAUGUUGGCUGUCAUUGACUUGAUUCUGUCCACUUCUACAAUGCCCAAAUUGCUGGGGAUCUUCUGGUUUGGUGCUGGUGACAUUGGUCUGGAUGCCUGCUUGGCCCAAAUGUUCCUCAUCCACUGUUUUGCCACUGUUGAGUCAGGCAUCUUCCUUGCCAUGGCUUUUGACCGCUACGUGGCUAUCUGCGACCCACUACAUCAUACCACUGUGCUUACCCAAGCAGUGGUGGGUUAUUUGGGACUGGCUGCUCUUCUCCGUGGGGUACUCUACAUUGGACCCCUGCCUCUGAUGAUCCGCCUUCGGCUGCCCCUUUACAAAUCCCAGAUAAUCUCACACUCCUACUGUGAGCAUAUGGCUGUAGUUACUUUGGCAUGUGGUGACAGCAGGGUCAACAAUGUCUACGGGCUGAGCAUUGGCUUUCUAGUAUUGAUCCUGGACUCAGCAGCCAUUGGUGCCUCCUAUAUAAUGAUUUUCAGGACUGUAUUGGGGCUAGCCACCCCUGAAGCCAGGCUUAAAACACUGGGGACAUGUGGUUCUCACAUCUGUGCCAUCCUGAUCUUCUAUGUUCCCAUUGUUGUUUCUUCUCUCAUCCACCGAUUUGGUCACCAUGUGUCUCCUCCAAUUCACACCCUGCUGGCCAACUUCUAUCUUCUCAUUCCUCCAAUCCUCAAUCCUAUUGUCUAUGCUGUCCGCACCAAGCAGAUCCGAGAGAGGCUUCUCCAAAUCCUGAAGAUAGAGGUGAAGAGCAGGUGA